AAGCUCAAGCACCACAAUUAAGAGCAGUGUGAGUUACCGGAGAAUUCAAAAACAUGGCGGAGAACGACGGUGACUCCAAUCAGAAUCCGGCCAACAAGCACCAGGAAGUUGGCCACAAGAGCCUUCUGCAAAGCGAUGCCCUUUACCAGUAUAUUCUUGAAACUAGCGUGUAUCCAAGAGAACCGGAAUCCAUGAAGGAACUUCGAGAAAUCACAGCAAAACAUCCAUGGAAUCUAAUGACCACUUCAGCGGAUGAAGGGCAAUUCUUGAACAUGCUUCUAAAGUUGAUCAAUGCUAAGAACACCAUGGAAAUUGGCGUUUUCACCGGCUACUCACUCCUUGCCACCGCUCUCGCCAUUCCUCAUGAUGGAAAGAUAUUGGCCAUGGACAUCAACAGGGAAAACUAUGAGCUAGGUUUGCCGGUGAUCGAAAAGGCCGGCGUCGCCCACAAAAUUGACUUCAGAGGAGAGCCGGCGAUGCCCAUCCUCGAUCAGCUCGUUCAAGACCCUACCAAUCACGGAACAUAUGACUUCGUUUUCGUUGAUGCUGACAAAGACAAUUACAUCAACUACCACAAGAGGUUGAUUGAACUCGUCAAGGUCGGCGGCCUGAUCGGCUACGACAACACCCUAUGGAAUGGAUCCGUGGUGGCC